AUGCCUGGAACCUCAUCUCCAUCCGACACUUAUGAACAAUUCAAACGCGCCUUGCGGAAUCUGUUUCGACGACGGAAGUUCAGCACCAACGUUGCUGCAGUCGUGAAGCCACAAGCGCCAACGCGUCCACCACGUCCACGGUCAGCCUCGGCCGUCGCAGCUCCUGAAGUCUUCACAAGCCCAGAUGUUCCGUCAUGGCCUAUAUUUGGUCAAAUGCAGUACGGCGGAGGUCUUUACUGUGCGCCAGUCGAGCUUCCAGGAUCACUGGCACCCAUGCUCCAGCAUCGCUCCAAAUCCGACAUCGGCCAGCCCAUAUACCACUCCGACCUUUUCAGCGAACUGGACGCCACUUCAGUACGACGAUUGAGUAUCAUUGGAAGCGAAGCAGGAGAAGAUGAGGAUCUCGAAGAAGCAUACAUGAAGCUUCAAGCCGAGUUGAAAGAACAACAAACACAAAAUGAAGUUUCGCAGACAGAGGAAGAACAUAUCACGCCAGAGGAAAUCACCGAAAUCGCGUACGAACAGUCCAAAGCAAUUGAACGACCAUCGACAGAAACACCAGCACAGUCAGAACCAGAACAUAACCAUGAUGACGCCUUAUUUGAGGACGCGGAGGAGCAUCUAGCACCAAAGCAAGAGACGGAAGAAUUGGUAGAGCCGGCGAACAUUGCUCUUCCCGAGAGCUCCGAUUCAGGUAUGUUUGAUCGACGGAACCGACUUUCGAACGCACAGCUGAUUAGCGCAGACUUGGAAGAAGAAGACGACCACUUGGUCACACUAGAAGCUGAAGAGCUGGCCAAGAACGACCCUGCAAACGGCGACAAGGAAUUCCAUGACGACUCGAGCUCUCUCUACACCUCUGAUGGAUCCGAAAAUGACGUCGACUCCACAACCGACGCAGCCACUGUUUCCACUCCUCGCACCGCCUCGUUGAUCAGAGCAGAGAUGACCGAGUAUUUUGAAGAGAAGAUUCCUGUGCUUUCUGAGCCUCCACAAGCCAUAUUCGUCAUCCCUGCUCCAGGCAUGGCUGCAACUUCUGGUCCCCUCGAGGAGUUCUCUUGGUGA